UUAGCCAUGCACUAGCACACCUACCUACUAUUUUAAGAAUCAAGCAAGUGAAGCACGAAGCAGUAACAUCUUCAUACAAACACAUCGCAAUAGACGACAACACAUUUUUUUUUGUGAAUUUGUAUUAUGUAGCAAUGAGCUGUUUUUAAGUGCUUUGAAAAAUAAGAAUUUAACAAUGAGCAGUCAACAGCAAUUAGGUCUUGUGUCACCACCCCUUGGAUUAGGAGAAGUUGACCAUGUACGAUCUUUGUCAGACAAUUUUAAUGCCCUUCUUUUGAGUGACAAUUACCAGGACAUCACUCUUGUUGUUGAAAACCAGAGAAUCCCAGCCCAUAAGAUCAUUUUGGCAUCAAGAAGUGAAUAUUUCAGGGCUUUACUUUUUGGUGGCUUAUUGGAAAGCCAAAAAAGUGAGAUUGAGCUGAAGGGUAUUAGUGCUGCAGCUUUCCAUGCUCUUCUUAAAUAUGUCUACACAGGAUAUGUCAGUCUUUGCAAUAUGAAGGAGGAACUUGUCAAAGAUCUGCUGGGACUAGCACAUCAGUAUGCUUUUCCCGAAUUGGAACAGUCUGUGUCCGAGUAUUUGAAAUCUAUUCUUAGUCAAACCAAUAUGUGUUUGGUGUAUGACGUGGCAAAUUUGUAUCAAUUACGCGCCUUGAUGGAGGCUUGCAGGCAAUAUGCUGAUCGACAUGCAACAGAUAUAUUGCAGAGCGAUGCUUUUCUCCAGCUAUCCCCGGGGACUUUGUGUGAUCUUCUUCAACGCGAUUCCUUCUGCGUCACUGAAAUUGAAAUUUUUCGAGCCGUUUCGCGUUGGUGGCAUCAUAACAGCUACGAUGACUCCGUCAUUAAAGCAGAUGCUACCAGUGAAUUGAAUGCCGUUCUAAACUCCGUGCGGCUACCAUUAAUCACGCUGUCUGAACUAUUAAACGAAGUACGUCCUAGUCAUUUAGUUUCUAGCGACGUUAUCCUUGACGCGCUGAAAUUUCGGACUGAGUCUCGAGAUUCAGAUCUUCCAUACCGCGGCCAAUUAAUGCCUGAGGUCAAUGUAGCACAUUCUCGACUUGGGGCUCAGGUCUUGCAAGGUGAAAUGCGCACGGCCCUUUUAGAUGGCGAGACUACUAAUUAUGAUAUGGAACGUGGUUUCACUCGACAUCCAAUUGAAGAUGGCAAUGUCGGUAUUGUCGUUCGACUUGGACAGCCUUCUAUCAUAAAUCAUAUAAAAGUUCUCCUUUGGGACCGAGAUAUGAGGUCAUACUCGUACUACAUUGAAGUUUCUAUGGAUCAACGGGAUUGGUUGCGCGUCGUUGAUUAUUCAAACUACCACUGCCGCUCGUGGCAGCGUGUCUAUUUUCCCCAACGAGUCGUUCGCUUUAUCAGAAUAGUUGGAACUCAUAAUACCGUCAACAAAGUAUUUCACGUUGUUUCUCUUGAAGCCUAUUAUUCUCCUACAAUCGUCCGACUCGAAAAAGAGCUAAUCGUGCCAAAGCAUAAUGUUGCUACAAUCCAAUUGUCCGCUUGUGUAGUGGAAGGUGUUAGUAGAAGCAGAAAUGCAUUGCUAAAUGGAGACACAAAAAACUAUGAUUGGGACUCCGGUUAUACUUGUCAUCAGUUGGGAUCGGGAGCGAUUGUCGUUCAGUUAGCACAACCGUAUAUCGUCAGCUCAAUGAGGCUUUUGCUUUGGGAUUGUGAUGAUCGCCGAUACAGUUUCUACGUGGAGGUAUCAACAAAUAAUCGUGACUGGAUUACGGUUUGUGAUAGAAGUCGGCAGCCAUGUCAAUCUUGGCAAAGUAUAAAUUUCAUCCCGCAGCCAGUUGUAUACGUAAGAAUUGUUGGAACUCAAAACACAGCGAACGAUGUUUUUCACUGUGUUCACUUUGAAUGUCCUGCUCAAGAGGAUGGAAAUGGAUUUGAGGAGUUGGUGGGUUCAACUCCUCGCUUACCUAUCGACGCGCCUUUGCCAAGCCCAAGUCUUUUAGUCGACGCCACUGCCCCACCUGUCCCACCUCCAUUACCUGAUAAUUUUAAUAAUUUUAAUCCAAGGCCACUUGAUCGGGAACCUCGCAAUAUAGAGGAGGAAGAAGGAACCAAUCUUCCCAUCAGAUUCACAUCCAGCGUUGAUGGUUCACACACUUCACAGCGUAGCCCUCGUCAAUAAUCUUCGUGGUUUCUGUCAAUUGCAUGAACACUUUGAACAAUUUUGUUUGCCUCAAACGAGUGCCGUGUAGCCAAUUAUGCAGACUUUCAUCGUGAAAUAUCUAAAAUUCUUUUUCCGUCGAUACAUAACUACAGUCGUGCGCUACUCUUGAUUGCUCGGAUACAGUGCAAUCUAAAAAGUUAGCCCCUCCCCCCGAUAUUGCCUAUGUAGAAAUAGAAUUUAUAAUACUCAUUGUGAUUAUUGAAAUCGAUUUGUUAGAUUUUAUGCGAGAGCUUGUUUCGGCACUAAGCGAAAUGGCUUUAAUCUGAAAGCUAUCCAAAUCGAUAUGCUGGUCUUUUUGUUCAUAUUAUUGGUUGAAAAUUUGGUGCUGAUAUUAAAAUAUUUAUGCAUGUAGAAAGGCUAUUGGUUAACAAUACAUCGUUUGCAUAGUGAUA